AUGGAAAGGGACAAUUUGAAAAAUUUUUCUUAUGUUUAUAGUUGUGAUUUGGAUAUAAAUCUCCAAAUUAAAAUUGGUACGAUUGAAGGAAAUCUAACAAAAAGCUAUUUUAAGAAAACCUUUUCUAGCAAAAUAUUAGAUUCCAUAUAUAUAUAUGAUGAAAAUGUAUCAGAAUUAUUUGUAACUGCUCAAGUAUUUUUGAAAGAAAAGCCACUUUCGUUGAUCUCCCAAACAAGUUAUAAAAAUUUUAAUAAUAGAUGGAGUUGGAAUGAAAUUGUAUUUUUGCCUAUUUAUUAUUCCCAACUUCCAAUUGAUGCCCAAAUUAUUUUUAAUAUAUGGGAUUGCAAUGGUGCCUUUAAAGAUAUAUCUAUAGGAGAAGCUAGAGUUGAUAUUUUUGAAAUUAAUGGUCUGCUACAACAAGGUGUUUUGGACUUAAAAUUAAAUGAAAAUGAAGUCAAUAUCUCUAAAUCCUCUCAAUUGACUGAUAUCAAAAAACAAUACCGUGAUAAAGAUUUUCCAAAGGUUGAAUGGUUAGACCGCUUGACAUUUAGAGAAAUUGAAAUAUUAAAUGAGCAAGAAAGAAAGAUGUGUGAUUCAAUAUUCUUGGUAGUGGAAUUCCCCCCAUUUAGUUGUGAUAAUCAACAUAUAUCUGUAGUGUAUUAUGAUAAAGGAUAUGAUAUUGCAUAUCAGAUUAAAAAUCCAAAAUUUGUCAUAAUUCCAGACCCUCAAAUAAGCAAAGAAAAUUUGUCUGAAUUUAAACAUCAUGCAUUGACUAGAGGUUCAAACAGCAUAUCUUCUGAUUUGGACUUAAAACCCUCCACUGUGGUUAGAGAUAAAUUGUUGAACAUUGUAAACUACCCUCCUUUUGCUAUAUUAAAUAGUGAAGAACAAGAUUUAGUGUGGAAAUAUAGGUAUCAUUUAAAGCAGAAUAACAAAGCUCUAUCCAAAUUAUUGCAAAGCGUCAAAUGGAAUAAUCCCUACGAAUCUAAGCAGGCUCUUCAAUUAAUGAAUGAAUGGCAGCCUGUGGACGUCGAGAAUGCGUUAGAACUUUUAACUCCUCGCUUUAGAAUGAAGGCCGUUAGAAAAUACGCGGUUUCACGCCUAGCAAAAUCUAAAGAUGAAGAUCUUUCAUCCUACUUACUACAACUUGUUCAGGCCUUGCGUUACGAAAACUUAAAUGACAUAAAAAGUGGACUCAUGCCUAUAUCUGAUUCAAAUAUUGGGCCAAUGGCUGAUGCUGAUACGUCCCAAGAAAAUAAACCAUCUGAUGCAAAUGAGGAUAAAAGUGUCAAUUCUAAUAAUAAUGACGAGACCUACAAACGGGACAAAGAAACAUCGUCAAAAACGUCGCUUCUUAAAACGCAAGAUUUGGCAACCUUUUUAAUCGACCGAGCUUCUCGUAAUAGCACUCUUGCAAAUUAUUUCUACUGGUAUCUUCACGUGGAAUGUGAGGAACAAACUUCCUUACACAACCAAAACUCUUUAAACGUUACUUUUCAAGCUACUGCCAUUGCUUCUACACCAAUACAGACCAUGAUUAGCACUGAUGCCAUUAAAAGUCCAGCUAGAAACUUUCGUAGAAGGUCAUCUGAAUUGGUAGAAGAGAAAAGUAUUUCAAAUAAUGAAUUAGACUCUAAAGAAAAUUCGGAAGGAAGUGGAGAUUUUAAAGUUAACGAAGAGGUCGAAGAUAUUCGCCAUAAUAAUACCGAAAGGGUCGCGGAAAUUUACGUGACAGUUAUGAAACGUUUCUAUCAAAAAUUGGUAGGGUUAGGGGAUCGCGGUCUCCUUAGACGGUCGAUUUUAUCUAGACAGCAGUAUUUUGUGGACAAAUUGUGCACUGUGGUUAAUUGCGUCACCAAGGAAAAUACUAAUCGGAAAAAAAAACAAGAAAGAUUGAUAGCCUUGUUAUGCGAGGAAAAUGAUAGCAAAAGAGCGAUAAAUUUUUCAAAUUUUGACCCAUUACCUCUACCCUUAGACCCCGAGAUCACUGUUAGAGCCAUUAUACCGCAGGAAACCUUUAUAUUUAAAAGCGCAUUGAUGCCUUGCAAAUAUACUUUCAAAACAGUUGAUUCAAAGGAGUACAAGUUAAUUUUUAAACAUGGAGAUGAUUUACGUCAAGAUCAACUCAUAUUACAAAUCAUAAAACUCAUGGAUAAACUUCUGCAACAAGAAAAUUUGGAUCUCAAACUAACUGCUUACAAGGUUUUGGCGACUUCUACCAAACAUGGCUUAGUUCAAUUCAUCGAAUCUUGCUCUAUUGCUGAAAUAUUAUCUAACGAAGGAAGCAUUCAAAAUUAUUUUAGGCGGUUCGCCCCAUCCGAUAAAGAUCCUUAUGGUAUCAAGAACAAUGUCAUGGAAACGUACAUUAAGAGUUGCGCUGGUUAUUGUGUCAUUACUUAUAUAUUAGGCAUAGGGGACCGGCAUUUUGACAAUCUUCUCAUCACUAAAACUGGCAAAUUGUUUCACAUCGAUUUCGGGUACAUCCUAGGUAGAGAUCCAAAACCCAUGCCCCCUCCUAUGAAAUUAAGCAAAGAAAUGGUGGAAGCUAUGGGCGGCACCACUUCAAAGCAUUACCAAAACUUUAAAAAACUUUGUUACACCGCAUUUUUACAUUUACGACGACACGCUAACCUUAUCAUGAACCUUUUUUCGCUUAUGCUGGACGCCAAUAUACCCGACAUAUGUUUGGAAAGGGAGAGGACCGUUAAAAAAGAUAGUUUGAAAAAGAGUCGUUACGGAAUUGCGAGAAAGGAUUGGAAUAGAAACAAAGUGGUUUAAGCAUGUGGAGCAAAAUAUGAUUAUGUAAAGAGACGUGCAUUGAUAUAAGUAAAGGGAUCUGGGCAUCGAGAAAGACCCGAGGUGGCCUGGGUAAAAAUAAUAAGGGACGAUAUGAAUAAAAUAGUUAUCACAAAUAACGCUUAGGACCUUAAAAAAUGUGGAAGAGAAGUCAUAGGGAAAACUAACCCCGGUAAACAGCCAUUAAAUGGAGAAGGGGAAUCAAAAAAAGUCAGUUUGUUACCACACAGGCUAUUUUGCACCAGAAAGUUCGACAGCA